UUGACGUUUGAUAACAGAAAAGUCAGAAGUGGAAAAUACUGGCUAAUUUUACAAAUGGUAUUUGUCUAUAGUUUAUUUUUUUCCCCAGACCUUUUCCUUUGUAAACAAAAACGUAAAUAGAGACUAUUCGUGGGAAUCGAAAAGAAAAGUAACAUCGAACAAAGAUGGCGCUCUUCCCGCUCGUAGAAUGAAGGAGAUGAAAUUCUCAGGCUCUGGCUGAAGUUGAUUGUUUUCUUCGUUUUGCUGCUCGUUCUCCUCAUAUAAUUUGAGGCUGUUUCAUUAUGGAACAAUCGAAUACUCCGACCCCGGAGUCCAAGACUUCGGAACCGGAGAAAGAGAAGGACGAGGAAACGCAAAAGCCCGCCGAAGAAGAUUGGUCUUUUGAGACGGUCUGCAGGGUGUGCAACAGUGAGUUGGUGAACCGCGAACCAAAACUGAUGCCUUGUCUGCACACUGUGUGCAAACAGUGCGUUUUGAAUGUAACCAAUGCUGACAAACAAGGCUGUCGUUGCCCCAUCUGCCGUCAAGACUGCAGGAAUAUCAACGAGAUCAUUGACAACUACUUCAUCACCGGGGGAGUUACCAUGGCCUCCUCUGAGUCCGGCAUCAAAGACCCCAGCGUCUGUCUGUGCGACGACAAGUCAGAGGUCUCGGCCUUGUGCGAGGACUGCAUGGAGUGGCUUUGUGAGCCCUGCGUACAGGCCCAUCAGCGGGUGCGAGUCACCAAGGAUCAUGUCAUCAAGCAAAGGUCAGAGGUCGCAGGUACAUCAGGGGAGGGGAGUAACGGCAGCGGGCGCAGUGAGCAGAAGCCGCUGUUCUGCUCUGUUCAUCGCCAGGAGCAGCUCAAGCUCUACUGCGAGACGUGCGAAAAACUGACGUGUAGGGAUUGUCAACUACAGGAACACAAGGAACACAAGUAUCAGUUUGUGGGUGAGAUUGCCAGCCGACAGAAGUCAGCCUUGCGCAUCCUGCUGGAGAAGCUAGGCGAAAAACAGAACUACGUCCAGCAAACCAAGAAACACAUCCUAGCCAAAGGGGAGCAACUGCAGACCAACGAGGAGAGAGCUACUCAAGAGAUCCGCAAUCUCGUCUUCAGAUUAGUGAAUGACAUUACUCAGCGAGGAAAGAAACUCCUUAGUGACCUGAAGGGGGUCUGCGACACGCGACGGAAGAUGUUUGACCAGCAAAUCUUGGAAGUACAUCGGGUGGAACAGGCCAUCGAGCACGCCGUGGACUUUACCAAUCGUGCCCUGCGCUCCGACAACAUCACGGCCCUGCUCUAUAGUCAGAAAGUCAUCGUCCACCAACUGGUCUUCCUGCUGCGCAUCAUGUGCACGCGACAGCCAAUCGCGGGACUCGACAUCAAAUUCCUAGCCAAUAUGCAAAACAUGCCCAACUUUUCGCAGCUCUGGACACUGGUGGUCCACGACCCGCUUCAAGCGGCAAAUUCUGGGGCGGGGCCCGCUGGGGCUGCCCCACCCGCUCCACACCCACCCGGCCCUCACGUCCCGGGACCCCACCCACAAAGCGGGCCAGUACCCCAUGAGCUGUUGGUUGGUGGGCGGAUGCGCUCCCCUGGUGCCCGUCCGCUCUCGGCGCAAGAGUUACAGCACAAGAUUAACCUCCAACAGUUGAUGAACAGAAGACAGAACAGCAUGGAAGGCAACCACGUCGGUCCUCAGGGUCGCCCAGGGGAGCCUCCCCACCACGCAUUCCAGCAAGCCCACGGUGGCCCCCCACCACUCUCCGUCGGUCCCCAACCCCAGAGGCUUCCAAACCAACCAACAUAUCGCCCGAUCUACCCUAAGAACCUAAACAGCGUGCCAUUCCGGCCAGGGUCCCUGCAGAAGUACAACUACCCUCCCCCCAACAUUACCAUCAAUCAGAUGUCAAAACAGUUGCUGUCUCAAGUUGGGAUCAACACCUCGGAGACCAUCCCAAAUAUACCUCCUAUAAUGCCUCCGCGCUCCAGCUCGGAGCAGUCCUUGUCGCUGAGUCGAAGCAACACUCCAAGCUCACCUCUACUUGUCAGCCCUGCAAGCAGUGGGGACGAACAGGCACAGGGUAAUGGGGCUCGCAUCAAAGGAGAGAGCAGUAAUUCUAGAGAAGGAAGAGCAAGCUGUAGUAUGGCGGAUGGACAGCAGCGGAACAAUAACUUCUCGCCUCAGAGCAUGUCAUCGGGAUCAUCCCAGCCUGAUGUCAAUCAUGCUGUACCAGCUAGCAAUAGCAGCCCUGACAUUCCCAACUCGCACCCAAACACCGUUCCUAAGGACGAGUCCAAUCGCAGCAGUUGCAUGAUGGGAAAUAGCGAACCGUUAAAAAUCAAACAGGAGCCUGGCCUGGAGCAUCCGGAGGAAUUUGUUCCCCCGCUCCAUCUCAACGACAGCCAGGAGAACGGGGGCAAACACAUGUCCCCCCGGGGCCACAACUCCGACCCCAACGAGGACUGGUGUGCGGUGUGUCACAACGGUGGGGACCUCCUGUGCUGUGACAGUUGUCCUCGGGUCUAUCACCUGUAUUGUCACAUCCCCUCCCUCUCGGCAACACCGAGUGAUUCCUGGGUUUGCACAUUGUGCCAGUCACCGGACAGCAUUGCCAAUGCAAGGAGCCAGUCACCUCCAACCAGCGGGCGGAAACGUCGAAUCAGCUCAGCGCUACCGGAGAGGGAAAAAAUGCUUUGUGAGAAAGUGCUUUUAGAACUUUACUGCAGUGAAGAUAGUAUACCAUUCCAUGAUCCAGUAAGCAGAUCGGUGCCCAACUACCACAAGAUCAUACAACACCCGAUGGAGCUGGGCACCAUACGGAGCCGGCUGCAGACGUCCCAUUUUAACCAUUACCAGACUAUUCUAGAAUUUGUUGACGACUUCAAACUGAUGAUCCGAAACUGCCACGUGUACAACGGGGAGGAAUCGGAAAUUGGGCGGACGGCCACGUCUCUAAAUUGCAGCUUCAGCGAGCUAAUGGUGAAACACCUACCUGAGUACACGCACCUGCUGGACAGGGUGGAGAACAACUCCCCCUUACCCAUGCCGGCCCGCCCCUCGAGUAGCGGGGAAGACGGGGAGAGACGACGCAAGCGGAAACCGGACAAAGUCUACCAUCACAUUGCAACGCCGCCGCCAAUGCACAUCAAAUGAUAAGCAGCAUCAGUGCCGCGUUUCAAGAGGGUGAAAAUAGACACAGACUGCUCCGACAAAUAUGACCUGGCACAAUAGACCCAUCCCUUAGGCCCCGCCCACUGCACACAAUUGUUGACUGCUGUGAUAUGGGAUAUGCCGUUUAUAACCCCCUCAAGGCAUAUAGCACCCUCGGUUUUGCCUCGGACAUGACCAAUAUCUGCAACGCAUGGCAGAUAGAUAUCUGUGGUAUUAUUAAUACUAUUUUUAUGAAACCAAGGAUUCCUCAAAAGCGCCCUAUCUAGGCACUGUAUUUCACAAGCCUGAAGAAACCUGUAGAGAGAAGGCAAUAAGAAGCAAUUUCAGUUUUAGAGGUGGAAGGAAAACUCCGGGAGAAUAUACUGGGAGAAAACCCACGGAAUCAGGUAGGGACUGAAAACCCAAUCCACAUAUUGGCUCAGGCGGGAUUCGAACCCGAGUCACAGCGGUGGAAGGCGAGGAAAGUACCACAACGCCAACCUGACUCCGCAUUUUGGUGACCUUAAAAUAUUUUUAGCUCUAGGACAAAUUUAGUCUAACCUUUGACCAGGGGUCACACUUCCACAUGCACAUGACACGUGCAACCCUCCUGCUGUCUGACCAGUCAAAGAGUCAAGUCAAGAAUAUGAUCCUCUUUCCCUGCCAUGCCUUUACACAGGCUAGUCACCAACAUUUGGAUCACAUUUCAUGUAAACACUGUGACCAGUCAAAUUCCAUCAACGGACAGAAGUCGGAAA